UACACACGCUUAACGAAGCUAUUUCUUCGCCGGCGUCUUAAUCGAAUUUCCGUUCCACCUUAAAUGUGAGGCACCAGAAUGUUACUGCUGCGCCCUUUAAGGUGGAACGGAAGAAUUAGAAUGAGAAGCUGGCGAAGAAGACAAGACCAGCCUCGCGCACACUUGCCUGUUAGCAUCAUGUCAGUUCGCUCAGUUGAACUCCACCUCCUCCUCUACAAGAGCUCUAAUCGCCUUUAGUACCUUCAUCAAGAGAAACACAGGCGAGCUGUAGAGAGAAGACAGUUCGCGACAUUUUGUCUGUUUUAAGGUGGUGUAACUGACCAAUAGAACUUAUUUGGAGCUUUUGUGACUCGUUCGGCUGCGGAGUGAAGAAAGGCAGAGUUUUUGCCGGAGCUACAGUUACCUGACUGGACUAAGAUGUCAAGCCUACAGCAGAGGGAGCGAGCACGGCUAGGCUAACUAUCACCCGGACGUCAAGAAGUAAGUUAUAAGUAGAACAGACCACCACAGCAGAUAUCGUUAGAUGUCGUUGGACUGUGGGUUGUUAUUGGCAUUCAUUUCAGAGGCCUGUUCGCUAAACUGAUUUAUGGUCGAUCCUCUGCCCACGCGCGGCUCUGAAGUUCACAUUUCCAGGCGGGCUCCGAGCAGUUUGUGCGGGACUGUGAGAGAAAACGAGGCUGAGAGUGAACAACGCUGGAGACCCCGUCGGCUUUUUUUUUCUUUCCCGACCGCGAGAGAACUUCUCCCGAUAAAUGGGAAUUUGGACUAUCCCUCAGUUAAUAACUGAACCUGAAGUUCGCCCUCUACCACAUCCACCACUGUGAAUAGUUGAGGUUUCAGAAAAGAGAGGCUAUGAUGACUUUGGCGUUGGUGUUUGCUCUAAUGACUGCCCUCCUGGUGCCAGUUGGCAGUGGUCAGAUGGUGAAGAUGGACAGUGACAGGUCAGGCUAUGUGGGCUCACAGGUGGAGCUGCGCUGCGAGUUUGUCAACAGUAACCCACCUGUAAAGAUCUCCCAGGUCACUUGGCAGAAGUUCCUCAAUGGAACCAAGCAGAACGUGGCCAUUGCCAACCCUGCCCUGGGUGUGUCUGUGCUGCCGCCUUUCAAAGAGCGUGUGAGAUUCAAGAACCCGGCAGUGCGCCAAAGAACUCCUUCCCUGGAGGACACCACUAUCAUCUUCAAUAACCUGAGACUGUCCGAUGAGGCUGCAUACAUCUGCGAGUAUACCACCUUCCCUGCUGGCAACAGAGAGAGCAUGGUCAACCUCACUGUUUAUGCUCGACCAAUGGUCCAGAUGAGUCUGUCCACACCCACAAUAGUGGCAGGAUCUAAAGACCUGAAAAUGACUGUGGCCACAUGUAUCUCAGCCAAUGGGAAGCCACCCAGUGUGAUCACGUGGGACACUGAGUUAAAUGGUGAAGCAAACACUGAGGAGAUUCGUAAUAUUGAUGGAACGAUCACAGUGCGUAGUGACUACAUAGUGGUGCCUAGUCGAGAAACGCAUCAGCAGCGGCUCACCUGUAUCUCCACCUACAAUGAUGAACAGUACACAGACAGCGUUACCCUAAACAUACAGUAUGAGCCAGAGGUCAUCAUUGAGGGCUUUGAUGGAAACUGGUACAUAAACCGAGACAAUGUUCAGCUGACCUGCCUCGCUGAUGCUAACCCUGCCAUCUCUUUGUUUCAGUGGAGAUAUCUGAAUGGCUCCAUGCCAAAUUCAGUGGAGCUCCGUGAUGAUACACUGAUCUUCAAAGGUCCUGUAACUUAUGAGAUAGCAGGCACAUAUGUCUGUGAUGCCACCAACAGCAUUGGAACAGGCUCAGCAUCAGUAGAAGUCACUGUAUCAGAAUUCCCUAGCUUCUCCCACGACAUGUCUCAGGAGCAGCAGCGAGCUGGCGCUGCCAUUGGUGGAGCUGUUGUGUGUGGCACAGUUCUCCUGGCAGCCAUCACACUGCUGGCAGUCUUCUUCCACCGCCAGAGACGCACUUUCAAAGGAGAUUACAGUACCAAGAAACAGGUCCUGGGAAAUGGUUUCGGAAAAGCUGGCAGCCUUCCUCCAUGCCCCUCUUUUCCUCAGAGCCUGACCUAUCCUGAGGACUCAAACGAUGAGAAGAAGCCAGAAGUUUAUGGGGGCGAAAGUGUUCAGGAGUUCCAUGGUUACCCUGACAACAGGAUGAAAGCCUACAGCACGGUGGAGGAUAGUCAGAGAUGCAGAUAUGAUGAACAGAGUUAUCUGUAUGACUAUGGAUCCGAAGUGGAGAUCUCUGUGGACAUGGUUCCUCAGAUGGACGGUUCUGUUAUCUCCAAAGAAGAGUGGUAUGUGUGA